AAUGGCGGAGGGAGAAAGGCGGGAAAGGUCAAUGGUAUCCGUUGGUCCGCUUUGUUUUCGAUUCACGUGAAUCACAGAGAAUAUUAAAAGUGACCGGAGUGAUAAGACCAGAGAAUUUCGAGCCCAUAAAUGCCCUGUUCCCGAUCUUUCAGCUGCCCAGUGAUCAGUGAUCUUUCAAAACCGAAUCGUUAUACUUGCAGUCCAGCCAUGAAACCCUGCCCUUCAAUACUGUUGGCCUUGAUAUUGGCCAUCACGAUCCCAAGUACCACAUUUGGAUAUUCCCCCCGAGAAGAUGCCCGUGUUAUCAGCGAAUACAAGCGAAAUCAGGACUUAAAUCACGCCAAGAUCGCCAGGGAUCUGGUCCAUCGGGCCAAUUGGGGGGCCUUGGGAAGUCUCUCGACCGAUAAACUGGUGCAAGGAUAUCCCAUGGUCAACAUUAUCUCCAUAGAUGAUAGCGAUGCGAAUGACAACUCCACCGGAAGGAUCCACUUCCUGCUGACCGAUCUGGAUUUCACUGGACCCGACUGGCAAAAGGAUAACAAGGUCACCUUCCUGUUCAGCGAUGAGCAGACCCUUAGGUGCAAGGACGGCGGCAAGGAUCCCAUGGAGCCCACCUGUGCCCGCUCCAUGAUUAGUGGACAGGUGAAAAAAAUGGAUCCCAGCGAUAGCAGCUAUCAACCUGCGUUGGAUGCCUAUCUGAAACGUCAUCCAGCUGCCAGCAAUUGGAUUAAAGUCCACAAUUUUUAUCUUUGCGAGCUGGAGAUUAGCAAUAUCUUUGUGCUGGAUUUCUACGGAGGUCCCCAUAAAGUCAGCCCCUCCGACUAUUACGCUGUUUCGAAUUGAAGACCUCCUCCAGAAGGAAACCACUUGACGCCUCAUACACUUUGUAUAUAUCAACAAUAUAUGCGUGAACAAAAAAAAAUAUUGAUAAGAAUACACAUGAUCAACAAAGUGCACAAAAAGAAAUCAAGCAGACAAAAACAUUUACAAAAGCCACUUAUCAAUUAAGCCCUGUGAUUUCACUUAAUAAAACAAUACAAAUACAAAAUAUAUUCCAUUAAAUGUACUCUGAUAUGGUAAAAUGUCUUUCUUGCUGUUAAAAUAAACGAUAUUAUGUUUGAUAAAAAAAUACAAA